CCGGUUGAUGAAACUUUUUCCACUUUCGCAGACCGAUUUGGCCUGAAUUUCUCAAGAAAUAAGUAUCUUACAAGCAAUUUGAGAUGACAUCUGGGGUGGCUGUGAAUGAUGAAUGUGUCAAAGUUCUAGAAGAGGUCCGAAUGCACCGGAAAUAUAGAUACGUCAUCUUCAGUUUAGCAGACAAUUUCAAGGAAAUCAAAAUUAAGAAAACGGGCAGACGAGAUGCAGAUUAUCAAGAAUUUCUCGAAGAUAUGAAUGAUGCCAUGAAAGAGAGACAAUGUCGUUAUGCCAUUUAUGACGUUGACUUCCUAAUAAGCGAUUGUGACUGCCAACAAAACAGAUCAAAAAUCAUUUUUAUUUUAUGGAGUCCAGAUAAUGCCACCGUCAAACAGAAAAUGCUCUACUCCAGUAGUAAAGGUGCACUCCGUUUGAAAUUAGCAGGUGUCGGCAAGGAACUCCAGGCGACGGACGAGGAGGAACUCUGUUGGACAGCCCUCAUGGACAAAUGCCUAGAGAGGGAGACCUAUUAAAAAAGACAAUUGCACAUCCUGAGACAAUUGCACAUCCGGAGACAAUAGCACAACCUUGGAUAUCUGAACCCCUCUCAUCUUUGCUACUUGUGCUUUUAGCGCAGAACAUGUCCUCUUACUAUUCUGUUGUAAAUUGAGAUCUGGAGGAUCGUUUUUUUCACUUAUGGUAAUUUUGUCAAUUAGGCCCAUAAUAUUGUACUCGGGAGUAUUUUUUUAUGGAUGUUUCAUACCAUGGAGAGUGGGUUUUAAUCUGAGGACACUGAUUGUGAUAUGAGUAUUAGCGCAGACCAUGACCUUCAUUGAAAGCACCAGACCCCAAAUUGAUAACGAUGAGGGUUCCAGUCCUUUAAUUGUUAUCGAAUUACAUUUCCAUCCGUUCUGUAUAUUUAACUGGCUUAUUACCCUAAAGCGUUCUGCAUAAAACCUAGCUUGCCGAUGAAUGCACUGAUUUAAAUGUGUUAUAUACUGUCUGCGAAUAGGAAUUUUGCGGUGCACUUUCUGAUAUUCAUUGAUUCCAUCUUGUUGCCCUGUAGAAACUGAUGAUGGAAUAGCUGUAAAUGUCAAAACUACCAAUUAAGGCCCUGGUGUGUUAAAAUGAGUGUAAAUAUUUGUUAUUUAUUUUAAAGUUUUAUCUUUUAAUUUUUGUUAUCAAAGAAGAGUGAAAUAUGAAUAUACCGGUUAUGGGACACUGAAGGCGUCCCAGCAUUUUUUAAAAUGCUGCAUACAUACAUGAGUCGAUUGCAAGUCCGUUCUGGUCCAUAACCUGUAUAAUCAUUUGAAUCGCCCGAGUAGAAACCACCCAAGAUUUAGCUUUACUUUUAGUUAAUUUUCUCUCUGCUUCCAAUGUUUUGUUGAUAAGAAUAUGUCUGUGAUGACCCUUAAGUAGGUUAGUAAACCCCGCUCAUACCGUCCACUCGUUGUUUGUAUAUCUGUUUAUAUUUACCCACCAGUUGUUGACAUUUUAUACA